AGGAACCUUGACCGUGACUCAGCUGUCUGUUUCCCACAAUCCUUAGCGAUACUGGCAAGGUCAGGUGUGACAGAAACAUGGCUGGGUCUUCUUCCCUUCUUCGCGUAGGAAUUAGGAACGUUUUGCUUAUGCAGAUGCGUCGCUCAUCGGACCAGUUGGGAGAAUUGGGAAAAGGUGCUGGAAAGGGCGGUGGUGGAGGUGGAUCGGUGAGGGAGGCCGGUGGAGCCUUUGGCAAACGUCAGGCUGCUGAGGAGGAGAGAUAUUUCAGGCAAAAAGAGAAGGAACAAAUUGCUUCACUGAAAAAGCAUCACGAGGAAGAGAUCCAUCAUCACAAAUCAGAGAUUGAGCGUUUGCAGAAGGAGAUUGAACGGCGCAAGAACAAGAUCAAGAAUCUGAAAGAUGAUGAUUAAAUGUAGUCACUUUAACACUACUUUGUAAGCCUUCUAUGUUUUUGAGCACUAUUGUUAACACCACAAGGUUGAUCUUGUGUGAGAUACUGUUCAGAUAACUGCAGAUAGCUCUAAAUAAAAUCUGAGUGUUGUA